ACGCUUUCAACUCGCAGGCUAAACGGCUUCAAAAACUUCGGCCGAUGCACAGCGAUUGAAAGUCAGGCCGGCAUCGCUCGGCGGAGUUUUAAUAACUAUGCCUCCUUCUCGUCAACGUGUCCGUCAUUCUGCAUGCCUCAAAACCAACCCUCUAGUGCGCUGCUCGACGGCGAUGGGUGAUGAAACUUCAAACUCUCGAGGAUCGCUCAAAGCGCCUCCAGAGCAAUCUGCACCCCGCCUAACUAUUCAGUGGCAGAGCGACCACGCUCUCACUGAUCUACUUGUUACUUAUCUUACUACGCACCCCGCUGACUGCAGGAUUCUAUUCUACUCUGAUGGGAAGAAAGCGAUGUCUACUGCUGAUGAUGGUCCCUCAGGCUCGGACAAAGGACAGAUUUACGGUACCCUGGCCAAACUAAUCUUCACAAAUCACCCCAAGUACGGUUACGCAUACUCCGUCAAUGCAAAAAAAUUCCGUGAUGCAGUCUGCAACUGCAUUGGAAUUCUCAGGGGCGCUGGUGUGAUACCAGCUGAGGGCAUGCAAAUGAGAAACUUAUUGGAUGCGGCGCUGGCAGAGCUCCCAUGGUACACGGAAUUAGAUGCCAUUUGGCAUGCUAAUCUGUCCAUGGCCACGAAAACCUACUCGUCAAAACCCGGCGUCGAUCACGCUGGCGCCUUAUAUUCCCUGAUUCAAUCACGUGGUGGGGGCGGUCCCCCCAUGCAGUUUGACGCGCCCCCAGAUGCACAGCAUGUAUAUCCUGGCGCCAACACUCAGCCACCUCCUCAUGCAUAUCCCGAGCACAACACCUAUCCUUCCAGCACUCUGCCCCCACAUUACGGCCAACAAUACUAUCUGAGGUAUCCGCUAGCAACACCAUAUGCUGGGGGUUCACAUGGUGACCCAUUUGAUGCCCCCCUCGGAGACGCCUUACAUCACCUCGAAGGUGAUGAGAGGGCCGAUAGCUCUUCCAAAGUCGCAGGGAAGAAACGCCAGCUCCCUUCAUCGCCGUCUCCCCCUCCCGAUGCUCCCGAACCAUUCAAUGUGCCAGAAAAAUCCCCAGCGUCUGCCUACAACAGCCGCUCGGCGUUUCGCAUGCAGAAGCCACCAAGCCUGCAUUCAUCCACAACACGCAACACUACCUCCUUGUCGGACUACCUUAUGUCCUCGACCCCCCAGACUUCGCUUCCAAACAGCGGCGGCUCGAAGAAGAAGAAGGCGAAGCCGGAUGUGAUGCAGCAGGUAGACGAGGUUAAGGAUGAGCUCGCGUCUAUGCACUCUGAUGCGAUGUCGCGCCACGAUCACAAACACCAUCGCUUCCUCGCGAAGCUCGAGGUGAAGAGUGAGCACAAUCGCGACAUCAAGAAGUAUGAAUGGCUUCGUGCUACCCACGAGCAUGAGACCUCCCAGGCCACUGUCAGCCAUCAGCGUCUGCAGGAGUCUAAAGAUGCCGAGAUUUGUCUACGUGAGGCAGGACAUUCGAGUCCACGAAGCACAUUCAUUGGUGCUCGACAAGGAAGCGGAGAAUCUUCGACUCAAAAUUCAGUUCCAUCAAAUGAUGCAGGUGAACAAGGGCCCGAGAUCAGAUGGAGGAGUUGA